AUGCCAUCCCAGGAAGAACAAGAACUGCUGGCCAGAAUCGGCCAGCUUGCAGGCAAGAUCAACCUUCACAAGGCCCAGCAAGCUGGCGUUCAAUCGGUCCCAAGCAGCCAGGCUUCCUAUAUUCGUCACAACACUCACCGACAUGGCGCCUUCCCUCACAAGCAUCGAGUCCAGCCGUACCCCUCCACCCGAGGAGGCCCGACAGGUUUUCGGCAUCGGUCCUUGGUGGUAAACAAAGAUGGAACCCAAACACCUCCUUCCGAUGUGUCGUCUCCGGCUGAGGGUUCUGUCUCGACCACUUCCUCAGGCGCUUGGAUCUCGAAGAACACCCGCGGUCAGAGGUCGCUGAUCAACUCGGCCGUUUAUGACAAGACCAACGAAGCACAUGUUAAGGCCAUUGAGGCGUCGCGCCAACAGAAGAUUCGUCAGCAGGACGCGCGCGAGCAACAACAGCUCGCCAGCCAUUUCCAACGCUACAGCGGCAAUGCAAGCGCACCGCAUACUCCUACUAACCCGACAGCGACAGGUAAUCACGAGAUAGAGAUUAAAGGCAUUCGCUUCCGUGUCGCGAACAGCGGCAGCAAGCUCAUCAAGGUGUCGGGAGAUCUACACCCAGUCAACGCUACCCCCAAAGUCGCCUUCGUUGGGGGUGUCAAAUUUCAUCGAAGCAAGACCGGUAAUCUUUACCGUGACGGUGUGCUCAAAGCUCAACGCCAAACUGGCGUCAAAAAGGUCGACGUGCCUUGCAGCAUGUUUUCGCUGACUGAUUUGGAUGAUUUCUUGCUCAAGUGGGGACCAUCUUGUCGAUACAAGCACGAUGCUACGAAAGUUGCCAUUUGCCGUGAGAUGCUGCACAAGGGAACCUGCGCCAGUGGGGAUUCUUGCGAUCUGUCCCAUGACUUGACGCCCCAGCGCAUUCCGACUUGCGUUCACUUCGUCAAGGGCAAUUGUGCCAACUCUACUUGUCCCUAUGCUCAUUCUAGUGUAUCCUCAGGUGCUCUGGUCUGCCGUUCCUUUGGGAUGUACGGCUACUGCGACAAGGGAGGCGAAUGCGAAGAGCGACACGUCUUCGAGUGCCCCGACUUCAGCAACACGGGCAAGUGUAAAACCAGGGGCUGCAAGCUCCUUCACCGCGAGAGGGCAAGCGUCCUUCGAAAACGGGCGGACGGUGACGAGAUGGAGGAUUUGUCGAGCGAUGACGAGCCGGUCGACAGCGACGACGUGGACUCAGACGAAGUGGAGGAGUUUAUCACCGAUGGUGCUGGUGAUGAUACUGACUUCAAGGUUCAGAAAGAUUAUAUCUCUUUCUGA